AACUCUGCAAGAAGUCUUUCCAACGGUGAAUAAAGUGAAAAAUUUUCGCAUGGAAUUUUUUACCAAAUAUUUUUUGUUAAAUUCACGAAGAAAUGUGCAAAAAGUGAGCAAUGCAGGUGCACUACUGUUUUUGUUUACAAAAAGUGCAAAUUUGCAAAGUGAAGGUGUGGAAAAGGCGAAGUGAAAAAGUAGUAGCAAAAGAAAUUUUUCUACAUCAGCAGCAGCAGUGACCAGUCGAACAACAAUAGCAACAUCAACCACUAACAACAUAGCUGUUGAGCAACAACAACAACAACAACAACAACAGAAACAAUAGAAACUCCAACGACAUACCUAGACAAGACCUACACCAAACGGUGGAAAAAAUGAAGUAAUUGGCAUUUAUAGCUGUAAGGUAAAAUUCAGGAAGCUAUUCAAAUUAACUGGAGGAACUUAGCAUAUUUCCUCUGUGGAGGAAAGCUUUUAACAUCCGUAUAUACUAAAGCCAAUAAAUUCAGGAAAAUUCAACAAACGUGUGCUAGGUGUGCGUUGUGUGAAAAAAACAUAUUUCUGUGGUAUUAACUAUAAAAGCAACGUAUGCACUGAACAUCUGAUUGAAAAUCGUUCCCUAAAAUGAUGUUUGCAAUACCGUGCCGAAGAUAAAGAAAAAAAUGUUAUCACUUAAACAGAGCAUUUCUGCGAUAUUUCACCAUAAGGCGGAAAUAUUUGACGAUUCAAAGCGAAGGAAUAUAAGAAAGUAGAAAUUAAAUUAAAUAUAAAAAACAACAACAACAACAAAUCCUAUAGUAUAGAAUAUUAGUAAUACCUCGUAUACGUAUAAUAUUUCUAAACGAUCAUCACACUCAUAAUUACAAACACACACAACCCCCCACAUAGAAGCAAUGCCGUGCUAUAAUACAAUUAAAACGAUUUAACUAAGGGAAAAGGACAGCCAGCCAGCCAGCCACACGCGCUGACAACGGACAGUUAGCAUUACAAUAGCAACGAGCGUAAAUUACAAAACGGCCGUGAAAAUGAGUCGUGAAGAGCCAAAAACGCGUACAACAACAACAAACACAAGUCAACCCACCAUCAACACCACUAACAUCCCCACCACCACCACCACCGCACACACAUCGGCAAUCGCAACAACAACCGCAUCAACAAUCAGUUAUACCACCUGCAGCAGUGCAACAACAAUAAAUUCGGACGCCAACACUACAGCAUUCCUAACGGCUAGUAGCUGUGAUGGCAUUGGUGGCAAAAUCUCCACCUCAACACCACACAAACGCUGUGAUGGCGGCGCCAACAACUUGAGCGCUGGCAGCGCUGAUGGAUGCAGCGUUGAAGCUGCUGGUGCUGCGCAUGCCACAUCGCUACGUGAUAUGUUGAGCGCUGCAUUUCUGCCAGACGAUAGUAUUGCUACCACGAUUAGUCCACCGGGUAGUCGUAAUUUGAGCGUCGUCUCCGCACCGGGUAGCUUCAAUAAGACGUCCUCAACGGGUAGUCCCGUUGCAAAACGUCACCUGAGCGCUGCUUCGAUGGCGCGCAUGCGUCCACAGUCGAGUUAUUCGGCGCGCGCAUUGGUAUUCGAUGACUCGGAUCAAGAGUUGGGCGCCAGUGGUGGCAGCGCCAGCGGUAGCGCAGGCGGUAGUCCACGUGUCAGCAGUAAGCAGCAGGAAUUGAGUGUAGGCGCUACCAAGUCAUCGACGGGGUUGGAUAUGUUGAGCACUUCGUCGAAGGUGUCUGGCGGUGAGCAUAACAUAAGCACAACAUCGUUGACGACAUCGCAUUCACUGCUGCGCAAUACGAAUUUGACCAAGUCGUCUUCGGGCGGGCUAUCGGGCAGCUCAGUGUCGUUACCGGGACGCAGCUAUAAUGCGUUGUUGCGUAAGAUCUCCUAUCAGCAUGGUUACUCCAUGCGCUCGUCGAGCAAUGAUACAUCGAAUUUGGUGCGCAUGCGUAACUCUUCGUUGGGUAAGUCAGCACCCUGCCUUACUGGCAGUUAUCUGCGCGGUAACGGUGGCGCUGAUUCUUCACACUGCUUCACGCCUGGUCCGCAUGCGCUCUCGCAAUCACAUUCGUCGACGACUUGCAAUGUGCAAGCGCAUGCGACAAUGCAUCAUUGUCACUCUUCACCGAGCGCUGUAAGCGCCGCCGGCGCAGCGGGUGGCUCGAAUGCGCCCACCAACACAACGAGCGGUUUGAACAUCUCGCGUUCCAACAGCGGUGUGGGCUUAGGUAUUGGUAAACACCAUUUACAUGGCGUUGUGAUGCGCGGUAGCAGUGUUGGCGGCACCUCCAGCGGUGUGGCACAUCAUCGUCUGAGUUUAGUUACAGCCGGUAUAAAUGCAUGCGCGAAUGCUUCGCCGCGUUCACAUUCGCCCUAUUCUGCGAGUCCGGUCGACAGUCCGCGCAUCAAUUCGCCAAUGCAAUUCCCAUUUGCGCCCAUAAAACGCAUUGCUUCAUGUCGCGGCGAUGGCAGACGUUGGUCCGUGGCAUCGUUGCCUUCUUCGGGUUAUGGCACUACGCCUGGUAGUUCAAAUUUGUCGUCACAGUGCUCCAGCCAGGAAGCGCUCCAUCAGCUACAAAACAUUCCACCCGGCGGCGAGGAUGCUGCACCGGACGUCAAUGCCAUUACAUGUUGUGUAGAGCAUUUACAAGCAGCCAUAGCUGCGGCGCCGCGCAUGCAUUGUCAGAAACAUUGCGCGCUUUUAACAGGCGCUUACACACCAUCCACACCCACACCUGCAACUACGGCAAUAGCUACAACGAGCAAAACAAUGUCCGUCCCACACACAACAACGAACAGCACGUACAUCAGCAAUAGCAGCACAAACUUUCUGGAGUCGAACAAAAAUGUCGCUGCCAAUGCGCAGCCGCCACAGCAGCCGCAAGCCGCGCGCCCCCAUUGUCCCAACUGUUGUGUGGAUAGUAAUGUUUUAUGUGCUGGCGGCAAGGUAUGCGCGGCAACUGCAGCGCCCGGCACACCAGCGAAUGCCGCCAAAAUGCCUGCAGGCGCACCACCGCAAGCUGGCACCCCCAACGCUAACACCCAUAGCAGCGGUAGUGGCAAUAAUAAUUGCCCGCCUGGUUUUGCUGGGCGCAUGUCGCCUUUUCACCGUCCACGCUCGCGUUCGCUCUCAAGUCCAUCGCGUUCACCGAUCGUGGACAACGAGAUCGCCAUGAUGAAUACGUUGUAUAAGGAACGCUUUCCGAAGGCCACGCAACAGAUGGAGGAGCGGCUAAAGCAUUUCAUAAAUGAGAAUAAGAGCGUGGCGUGCAAUAGUUUCCGCGACUCGCAGCCAAUUGUGCGCUUCGUCCAUCAUCAAGUGCUUGAAAUGGCGCGCGAUUGCUUGCACAAGUCCGAAGCGAAACUAAUAACUUCGCGUUAUUUCUACGAAAUGAGUGAGAAUCUCGAACGUUUACUGUUAGAAACGAAAGAUAAAUCACCCGAAGCGGCUGCUGAGCUAACCGGCGUGAUUAAAAAGUUACUUUUAAUCAUAUCGCGCCCAGCACGUUUACUCGAAUGUUUGGAAUUCGAUCCGGAGGAGUUUUAUCAACUAUUAGAGGCUGCUGAGGGUCAAGCCAAAGCAAUACAAGGCAUCAAAGCCGACAUACCACAGUACAUCAUACAUAAGUUAGGUUUAAAUCGCGAUCCGAUUGCUGAAAUGCAACAGGAAAUGAAGGACACACAGGCCGUCUGUGAGGGUAAUCUCUCAGCCGCCGAUAUUACCGCCGUAGCGGAUACAUCGCAAGAACAACGAACUCCCUUGCUCCUAAAUUCACCACUCACCUGUGUGACAGCCAACUUCAAUUCAUCGAAUACACUACUCACGGGCGAUGCACAAGCAGUAAAUAGCGGUUCAUGCACACCACAUCCACCGCUGCCGCUGCAACCACCACAAACACCGGUAGCCGGUGGUCCCGACAUGCCGAUGCCUUCAUUUGCAUCGGCAAUCUGUACGGCGGUUGUGAGUGCCACGUCCACUGCCACAACGACCACGGCACAGCAGCAGCAGCAGCAGGCGCAGCAACAAACCGCACAGCCGAUACCGAAUGAACACGAUUUCGAUAUCGUUAAAUUGAUCUCAAAUGGCGCCUACGGUGCGGUGUACCUGGUUAAGCAUAAGACUACGCGCCAACGUUUUGCCAUGAAAAAAAUCAACAAAAAUAAUCUCAUUUUGCGUAAUCAGGUGGAGCAGGUGUUUGCCGAACGUGAUAUUCUGUCGUUUGCCGACAAUCCCUUCGUGGUUAGCAUGUACUGUUCCUUCGAGACGAAAAAGCAUUUAUGCUUGGUAAUGGAGUAUGUGGAGGGUGGUGAUUGUGCGACACUAUUGAAGAAUAUCGGUCCAUUGCCGCCGGAUAUGGCGCGUUUUUAUUUUGCGGAAACAGUAUUAGCGGUGGAAUAUUUGCACAGUUAUGGCAUUGUACAUCGCGAUCUCAAGCCUGAUAAUCUACUCAUCACGGCUUUGGGACAUAUAAAACUCACCGAUUUUGGUUUAUCGAAAAUGGGUUUAAUGUCGUUGGCCACAAAUCUCUAUGAAGGCUAUAUUGAUUCGGAGACCAGACAGUUCUCGGAUAAGCAGGUUUACGGUACGCCCGAGUACAUAGCGCCAGAAGUGAUAUUACGACAAGGGUAUGGCAAACCGGUCGAUUGGUGGUCCAUGGGUAUUAUAUUAUAUGAAUUUCUGAUUGGUUGUGUGCCAUUUUUCGGCGAGACAGCGGAAGAGCUAUUUGCGCACACGGUCAACGAUGAUAUUGAGUGGCCGGAUAGUGAGGAUUGGGAUGUGCAGCCGGAGGCAAAGGAUCUGAUAACACAAUUGUUGCAGCAAAAUCCGCGCGAACGUUUGGGCACACAAGGUGGUGCUUUAGAGGUUAAGGAACAUAUAUAUUUCAUAGGUUUAGAUUGGAAUUCGCUGUUGCGACAAAAGGCGGAAUUUGUGCCACAAUUGUCCACCGAUGACGAUACGAGUUACUUUGAUACACGUAUGGAUCGUUACAAUCACGAUUUGGCUGGUGAGGAUACUGACGACACCGACGACACACCAGUUUUUGGCUCAUUCUCCUCCCUAACGCCGCAAUAUCGCAAACAACACUACUCCUGGUCACGCGUGCCCUCCAAUAGUUCCAGCACAACCAUAACACCGACAAGCACCAGUGUAGCCUCAGUUUCAGCGUCUGCAUCGAGCGCCACUACCGACAACAACUCGUCGAAAAAAGUCGAAUUCAAGACAGAUGCGCUAGCUACCGCUGUAAGCACAAGUGCCAAUGCGACUGUCUGCGAUAGCAGCACUACCGUGGACUCGUCUAUGGCUUUGGUGAAAUGUAAAAAUAACUCGGCGCUCUCGCCAAGCAUGAGCAGUGAUUUUAUAGCGAAUAAGCUGCUGACAACGCCACAGCUGCGCAAAUUGGAUCUUACAUCCGGUUGCCUCAAAGUGCCAUCCACACCCGAUGCUGAAUAUCUGCCCGAACUAUUGCACAACAUCACCAUUGGCAACGACAACGAACUACGUCUGCUCAAUCAAUUCCUGCGCCAAUCCUCCAUUUCCAGCCCAUCGGCUUCACCGGCCAGCAGCGCCGGCAGCGGCACCGCUUAUUUGCAACAGCGCGAACGUCAAACGCAACGCCACAGCAUGCCGGCAACGACAACGGCCAUAAUUACCACACCAGCUACACCGCCGGCGACGAUUGUGAGCGCCGCUGCUGCCCAAGCAGCUGCAAUGGCCGCUGAAACGCAUGCCACAUCCGGCGCUUUGGUUAAAGCAACACCUCACCCGCAUGCAUCAUUAAUACCCGCUGUUGCGGCGGCGGCGGCUACGUCGCGCAGCACACCCGAAUCCUCAACCGCCACGGAUAGUGACGAUUUCUCACCGCAAAUUCAUCGCAAACGCAAAGGUGUGUGCGCACGCGACAUACUACCGCGUUUCUCUAUAUCCAUCGAGGAUGAGACGGUGAGUGGCGGCUCAUCGUCGGCGGAGAACACGCGCGAGCAAUCGCCGCUUGCGCUGCAGCAUCAUCACAAAUCGAUGGACGGUCACUUGGGCAAACAUCGUUCGCGUUCGAUUGUCAAAUCCGCAUCGGCGUUGGGGUUGUCGUUGAUGUCCAGCGCGGUGGACAAUCAGCAGUUGGCACAGCAAUUAUGUGGCAUUGCAGCUGGCAUACAAUCGCCUGGCAGCGGUGCAGGUGCCGGUGGUAAUGGUGGUUCGAGCACUGCAAGUUCACGUGACACUUCACCAUGUCGCGAUCUCUCACCACUGGUGACCAACUUGAAGCCGCCUAUAAUUAUAAGACGUGGUCCACGUGGCUUUGGUUUCACCGUGCACACGAUACGUGUCUAUUAUGGCGACACUGAUUUCUAUACGAUGCAUCAUCUGGUGAUGGCCGUUGAGGAGGGUAGUCCUGCCUUUGAGGCUGGUCUACGUCCCGCCGAUUUGAUUACACACGUCAAUGGCGAACUGGUGCAGGGGCUCUAUCACACACAAGUUUUGCAGUUGUUGUUGAGUGGUGGCGAGCAUGUAACCUUGCGUGCCACGCCUUUGGAGCAUACGAGCAUACAGAGUGGUGGACGCAAACGUGAUUUAAUGCAAAGUAAGCUGGCCAAGAAGGGUGUGAAUAGGCAGAAGAAACAGACGAAGAAGGAACACGACAAGAAGCGCAAAACUUCACUAUUCCGACGGAUCAGCAAUAAACGUGCGUCGGCCGAGAUACAACAGAUCGCUGCGGGUAUUGUCGGUUCUCCCACCAAUCCUGCAGUCGCAUCUGUCGUUAGCGCUGCUUGUGGCGCCAGCGUUGGCGGCAACGUAAACACACGCAACUUAUCACCGAUGGACUCAUCGUAUCACAGCAGCAGUUGCUGUCAAUCCGCUGGUAAUUCAUCGCAAUCCACAUCGCCAUCCUCAUCGGCACCAAAUACACCAACUUGCGGUGGCAAUGGUGCACAAACGCAGCCAACAUUCGGCAGUACAUCAGCGAAGUCUGCAGGCUUGGUGAUUGCAACUAGUGGCACGGGUGUGUUAAUGCCUGUGCAUGGCGCAAGCGGUACGGGCGCUACAGUGCCCAGUGGUGCUAUUGGUGGCAAUAUACCAGUAUCACCCACAUCGGUGCCACAACUCUAUCAGCGCCCAUCGACAUUGCAUGGCCUCAAGCACAAAUUGCAUACGGGUGGUUGUGGUGGCAAUAACACUGUGGGCGUGUGUCCAAAUGCCGGUAGUGGUGCCGGUGUUGUCAAGUCGCUACACACCAGCGCUGCCGGCGCUUUACCACCAAAUCGCCGCAAAUCUGUUGGUCACAUACCACUUUCGCCAUUGGCACGCACCCCCUCACCCUCACCGCUACCGGCUUCACCCACACGUUCACCAUCACCACUCGCAUUCCCGAUAGUGGGACAUCAACCGGGCGCUUCGAACACCACGCAGUCGUACAGUCCAGGCAGCUCGCUGCCCACAGUGCAAACCAUGGCGAGCGGUUCGAAGAAAAGCGGCUUUGUGCGCACCAAAAGUGGUGAGCCCAGCUCACCGUUGCUGCGUCGUGCGCUCUCACCCGAUCGUCUACAUCCACGUAGCGCUGAGGCGAAGUGUACACUAAUUUCACCACUCUGCUGCUCGCCACCAAUCAAGCAGUCACAGCAGCGUGUCAUCGGCGGCGUCUGGCGUCCGAGCACUGGCACUGGCACUAGUGUAGGUGGCGGCGGUGGUGCUAGCACAUCGUCCACGGCAAUUACCACACUGCCACCAAUAAAUACAAUGCAAACAAGUUUUACAUGCAUCGGUGGCGGUGGUGGCGUUAAUAUGAAUACCAAUAAUAACGGUAAUGGCGGCACAACAGUUGGUAAUGCAGAUGCCACAAAUGAAUCUCAAAUGGCGUGUGGUAGCGCGUUGAAUAUGACUGAACAGUCAGCCGUAGCUGUUAGUACACCCACCAAUAUUGCUUUGCCAGCACCGGGUGAGAUGUUGCCACGCAUCGCAGAGGAGAAGGAUUCACCAACUAGUACACAUGAAUCGGAAGAAGAGGCUACACCCGCAAUGGCAGCUACAACUAAUCUAACAAGUACAACAACUUUGGGUGCAAUCGGUGUGAAUGUGAUGCAAACGAUUGAUGAGCAUGGUGACGAAACGUGUGGCGCUGGCAACAACAGUGAGGCAGUGGUGAGCGCUGUUGCAGCAGCUAAGAAGGAACGCGAACGCGAUAAUCGGCGGAAAAGUGUUGAUGAAAGGCCUGCAGUGUCCUGCACAGCAACGCCUAAAAGUGUGGGCGGCACUAGUAAUCGUAGCGGCAGCGCCACGGCUAGCACGCGUAGGGAAAGCUAUAUUGCGGCCGCAACAAAAACUGCUAAUCCAACAACAACAACAGUUACUACUGCUAAGCAUAAGAAGCAGUAAAGCAGUUUGUGAGCAAAAGGUGGUGAGAGGUGAUGUGAGAGGAAGAAAAAAUGGUACAUGUCUCACCCGGAAAACAGCGCGAAUAUUUAUUUUAAACUUUCUUUUGUAUUUUGUAUUGUAAUAUUAUUUUUUUCUAAUUUUUUCCGCCUGCUACGGGGGAUAUAAGAUUUGUGGCACGUUAAAAGUUGAAUGUUAAUUAAUUAGUAGUGAUUAAGCAGCAGGAGCACACAUUUGGGGGAGCAUACACAUGCACAAUAGAGUCAGAGUGAGCAGUGAAGUGUGCAGUUAAAACACUUAAGUGGUGGGAGGGGGAAUAUAAAUGUAAAAAGUGCGUGGGAAUUGUACGCAAAGACACAUGCUACAAUUGGUGUACAGUUAAAACACCAUUGUAGUAUAUCCGUAAUUUGUUUGCUUUGUAUACGAGUAUAAAAUUUUCAUUUCACAUUUUUUAAAAUCAUUUUUCAUUAAAUAAAAUAUUUUUAUACUUAUUUUAUGCAAUAUGAAAAAAAAAAACACAGCAACGAACUAUAUUUGCGUGGCGUACACUGGAGUGUGGCUGCAUGUAUAUUAAAAUAUUAUCAAUUAUUAUUUUCAUUGUUAUGUAUAUGAUUGUGUGUGGGGCACAUGUGGGCGGUCAGCGUACGUUCAACGCCCAUACAAAGCAAUUUGCUAUUUUUAUUAAUUAUUAUUAUUAGUAUUUAGUAAUAAAUUAAAUUAAAUAUAAAAACAACAGCAUAUUACACAUACAUUACAAAUUAUGCGAUUAUAUACAUGCAUACAUUAACACACAUAUACAAACACAUGCAAUAUACAUAUAUAAAAAAAAAAUUAAAAAAAAAAAUAGAAA